AUGUUGUUCACGACACUAUGCACACUUGGCUUGGCAUUGAGUUCCAGUGCCAAGUACAUCGUACCCGGCGGAAGAUGGCUCGACACUGAGGGCAACUUUGUCAAUGCUCAUGCUGGCGAUAUCACAGUCGACCAAGACAGCGGCAAGUUCUACUGGUUUGGUGAGCACAAGACACAGGAGGAGCCAGAAGGUGGGGGCAUUUCAGUCUAUAGCUCAGAUGAUCUGGCAACGUGGGAGUAUCACGGUCUUGCCUUGGAACCAAUCGAAGGUCAUCCCUACAUCGGCCCAGAGCACAUCAUACAACGCCCGAAAGUGGUAUGGAGCGAGGAAGCUGACCAGUACCAUAUGUGGUGGCACGCCGACAACAGCUCAUACGGCUGGCUGCUGCAAGGCCUCGCAACAUCGGACAAUAUCGCAGGACCAUACUCAUUCGUCGAUGCCACUGCUCCGCUUGGAAACUGGUCGCAAGACUUCGGCAUCUUCACCGACUACAAAGAUGGCAAGACAUACGCCCUGUACUCCAACGGAGAUCGUGUCGAGGGCCGUGAUGUGUACUUGACGAGCUUCAACGACAACAUCACUGCAUUGGAUGAAGUGGUGUAUCGAUGGGACAAGUUUGACCUGGAGGCACCGACAAUCAUUCAGACUGAGAAAAGCUACUAUGCUCUGAUGAGCCACAAGACUGGCUACAGACCCAACAACGUCGUGGCAUUCCGAGCCGACUCACUUUCCGGACCCUGGUCACAGCCAUUCUUCGUCGCACCUCUGAACACCAGGACUUACAACUCGCAAUCCGGCUACUCGCUUGCCAUCAAUGGGACCAAGAAAACAACGUACCUCUACCUCGGGGACCAGUGGGACUCACGAUCUGUAUGGGAAAGUCGAUAUAUCUGGCUACCAAUGGAGAUCGACGACGACAAGAAGACACUGGAGCUCGCUUGGCACGACGUAUACGACCUAGACGUCAAGACUGGCGAGUACACACCCGUCAACGGCACAACAUACCUCGCCAAAGACGCCCAAGUCGCCGGCGACGCCUUCAAGCAGGAAGCAAACUUCGCCAGUGGCGGUGUCAUCGUCACCGGUAUCGACGGCAACGAAAGCACUGUCACUUUCGAAGGCAUCGAAGGUACCGGCAAGCCGCAGUGGGUGUCAUUCUACUACCAAAACACUGAUGACAUGGGAUAUGGUGAUCAGCCAGGUGGUUCGCCAGAUCGCAUUGGUGGGACGUGGAUUUUGAGACGGAUCAGCAGUGUUGUUGUCAAUGGUAAUGAGGCUGAGGUGCAUGAGUUGCGACAGCGGGAUACGCAUAAGAGUAUUAUUCUGUCGACGCCGCUGCAGUUGACGCUGGCUGAGGGGAGUAAUAAUACGAUUACGGUUGGAGGUUUGUCGAAUGGGAAUGGUACGAAGGGUGCUGAUUUGGAUCGAAUUGUGGUCUACCCGCCAGAGGCAUAG